UCAAAUCAGGUUUUAACAGAAAUUGAUCAAAAUGUCCUAGCACUUAUAGGUUCAACAGUCGUAGAAGGACAUGAAACAGUGCAGGAAUCUAACGUGCAAUUUGAGUGGUUAGAUAAUUCAAAUGUAUGUAACGUAAAUAAUGAUGGAGAUGGAGAAAGAUUUUCCAUAAUAUGCACUAAUCAAGAGAUAACACAAGAACCUAUACCACAAAAUUCAUUGUUUCCUCAAAAUAAUUAUAGCAGCAUACCUGAAAAAAAUGACGCAUCAGAAAUAAGUUUAAACAAUGACAAUUGUACUAAUAACAUUAAACAAUCUUCAACAAACAUGAAAACAAUUGAAGUAGAAACGCCAACUACUGCAACUAUCAAUACAUCACACAUUUCUAUAACACCAACUUUAAAUUCGGUGUCAAUAAAAAAAGGUAUUAAAAGAACUACUGCACAAAGAUAUGAUAAAUCAAUAGAACAGACUGAAAAAUUGACUACAAUUUCACAGAAAGAUUACGAG